CAAACGUAAUUUCUGAACUGUGAUGGUUAAAAUUUUGGCUAAUGGGGAUAUUGUUCCCGACAAUGAUCCUAGGGUAACACAAAAUAGGGCUCAACAACGGAACAAUACUCAGGGAGGCUUUCAUUCAGCAGGGGUAAAUCAAGAUAAUCACAUACCUCAACAAGUUAGUUUAUUUCAGAUCUUAAAUCAACGACUAUUGGGUUUUGGAAUACCUCGCUGGAAUAUGGGAAACAUAGUGAUUGAACCAAUAGUUCUUGUGGGAUUUUUAAUUGCUCUAUUGCUUUUUGGAUUUCCUGGGUUGAUUUUCGGAGCUUUACUUUUUGCUGUUUGCAGUUGGAGUCAGAAUGGUGCACCUGAUUUUAUUUCCAAUUUUUUUGGAAGCAAUGAAAAUCCAGGCAGAGAUAACAGAAAUAGGGGAAGAGCUGGUGGUGGUUAUAGAUUAGGCAGAUAAAAUGUAUAUACAUACUCUUAGUAUUUAGUGACUUAAGUUAUAUAUUGUGCAUUUGAGUAUAGUAAAAGUUACUUUUUU